AUGAGCGUGUGUGGGCGGAAGGCGCUGACGCUGCUGAGCAGUGUACUGGCGGUGAGCGGCCUGGGCCUCCUCGGUGUGGCCGUCAGCACCGACUACUGGCUCUACCUGGAGGAGGGCGUCAUCCUGCCGCUCAACCAGAGUGCCGACAUACGCAUGUCCCUGCACUCAGGCCUCUGGAGGGUCUGCUUCAUGGCAGGUGAGGAGGUGGGGCGCUGCUUCACCAUCGAGUACAUCAUGCCCAUGAAUGUCCAGCUCACCAGUGAGUCCACUGUCAGCGUGCUCAAGAUGAUCCGUUCGGCCACACCCUUUCCCCUGGUCAGUCUCUUCUUCAUGUUCAUCGGCUUUGUGGUCAACAACGUGGGCCAUAUCAGGCCACAUCGCACCAUUCUGGCCUUCGUCUCCGGAAUAUUCUUCAUCCUCUCAGGUCUGUCGCUGGUGGUGGGUCUGGUCCUGUACAUCUCCAGUAUAAAUGAUGAGAUGAUGAACAGCACCGAAAGCAGCGAGUCCUUCAUCAGCUACAAGUACGGCUGGUCGUUCGCCUUCGCUGCCAUCUCCUUUCUCCUCACUGAGAGUGCAGGCGUGAUGUCCGUCUACCUGUUCAUGAAGCGGUACGCGGCCGAGGAGCUGUACCGCCCGCACCCGAGCUUCUACCGGCCGCGGCUGAGCGACUGCUCGGACCACUCGGGCCAGUUCCUGCACCCGGAGGCGUGGGCGCGCGGGCGUAGCCCCUCGGACCUGUCCAGCGAGGCCUCGCUCCAGAUGAGCACCAGCUACCCGGCCCUGCUCAAGUGCCCCGAGUACGAGCAGGUCACCUCCUCGCCCUGCUGA